AUGCCUCGAAAAGUACUUAUUCUUGCUGCAGACGCAACUGACUUUCCUGAAAUAAAUGAGCCACCAUCUUACCCCUUUGCACUACCAAAUAAGAGUACAACGAUUAAUUAUGGAGAUAAAGAAAUACAUAUAAAUGUUGAUAAAUUAGAGUUUAUUCGAACAAUUGGUGUGGGACAGUCCGGACGAGUGGAAUUAGAGCGUGUUCAUGAUCAUCCAAAUGUUCAAAUGGCGGUUAAGAAAAUGUUAUUACACAGUGAUCAUGAAAAUCGACUGAUAACUAUGAAUGAUCUGAAAACAAUGGAAGAUGUUAAAUCGGACAAUCAACCGUAUGUUGUUAAAUUUUACGGAGCACUCAUGAAUAACGAGCGAGAACUGUGCAUAUGUAUGGAAGUCAUGGACACAUCUAUGGAUAAAUUUUAUCCUACAAUGCAUUUAAUCAACAAAUUAGACUUACUUGAUCAAACAUUACGACGUUUAGUACAUAAUACCACAGAUGCACUAAACUAUCUAAAACUACAGAAAAAUAUUAUUCAUCGUGAUAUUAAACCUCAAAAUAUUCUAUUAAAUAAAAACUGUAUUUUUAAAAUAUGUGAUUUUGGAAUAUGUGGAAAAUUAGAUAAAUCUAUGGUUCGAUCAUAUAAGGGCACAAUGGUCUAUAUGCCGCCAGAAAGAUUAGAAACAAGUAAACCAUACGGUAUUCGUUCUGAUAUGUGGGCACUUGGUAUUAGUCUGUUAGAAAUUGCCAAUGGUAUUCAUCCAUUACACGAUAGAAAAUCAGAAUUUGACAUCUUAUACAAAUUACAAACGUCGUUAUUCGCUAUUCCACAAACAAUUUCACGAGAAAUGAAUGAAUUAAUUCAUUGCUUACUGAAAUAUGAUGUACAAGAACGACCAUGUUCAUAUCAAGAAAUUCUUGGAAUGCCUGUUAUUAAUGAAGUAAAAAUUUCACCGUCAAAUGAGGAAAUCGACUUCGUCACUGUAAUUAUUGAACACAUUCCAGUUGAUGAAGAGAAUUAG